AUGAGGCCAGCUUUGCUGGCGUGCGCCUUCGCAGCCCUCUUCUCUACCUCAAUUGCAGCGCCACCAGGCCCACAGAGAGGGACCGCAGUAACAGCAGAUGAGGCCGUCCAGGGAGAUACUCCAGCCGAGGGAGGAGAAGGUGCUGAUUAUACUGUUUUCAAUGGUAUCAAGGUGCCACCGAUGAAAGAAAUACAAGGCGAUGAGUUCGCGGAGACGAUAAAAGACGGAUACUGGUGGGUCAAACAUUACUCGCCUUAUUGCGGCCACUGUAAAGCAAUCGCGCCGCUCUGGCAGACAUUGUACGAGUUCUAUGCGACCUCCGAUCCCUUACAGGGCAUGACAAAGUCUGGUCAGCCCGAUUUGUUCUCGCCAAACAGCUUUCACGGAUACUACAACUUUCACUUUGCCUCGAUAAAUUGUAUCGCUUUUGGGGAUGUCUGCGAUAAGAAUGGAGUAAGAGCUUGGCCAACAUUCCUAUUGUACAAAGAUGGCGAAUUUGUCGAGAAAUAUACCGGAGGCCGGUCCAUGGAGGAUUUCAGCAACUACGUCGAAGAGAAGCUGGAACAGAUAAAACCCGGCUCCAGACCAAGGGGAGGAGUGCACGUUCCCAAAGCGGGGGCAAAGGGUGUCGACCGAACAGCCGAACCCGAGAAGCCACUGGCGAAGGACAAAGAUAUCGCAGCUGGUGCCGCCGCUGGCGAGAAACAGAACAAAGCCGCCGCACUGUCCACUGAAACCACAUCCGCAAUGUUGGCCUCUGAGACUGCAAAACUCGGAAAGUCCCUGAAUGCAAAGACCGGUCCCCGGCCGAAUCUCAAAGGAGUUUCACUUCCUCUAACGCCAGAGUCGUUCCAGAAGCUUGUUACUACAUCUCAGGAUCCAUGGUUCGUUAAAUUCUAUGUGCCAUGGUGUCCACAUUGUCAGCAUCUGGCGCCAACGUGGGCUCAGUUGGCGAAAGAAAUGGAAGGCAAACUCAACAUCGGAGAGGUCAAUUGUGAAGCGUCUCCACGAUUAUGCAAGGAUGCCAAAGUCAGCGCUUAUCCCACCAUCUACUUCUUCCGUGGUGGCGAGCGUGUUGAGUAUGAAGGUCUUCGCGGCCUAGGUGACCUGCUUUCCUUUGCAAACAAGGCGCUAGACAGCGAUGUCAAGUAUGUGGACGCUGCUGCAUUCAAAGAGAUGGAAGAGACGGAAGAAGUAAUCUUCGUCUAUUUCUUCGACCAUGCUACAACAUCCGAAGAUUUUGCCGCCCUCGAUCGGCUAACUUUGAGCCUAAUCGGGCAUGCAAAGAUUGUCAAGACAGAUUCCGAGAUCCUGGCGAACCGAUUCAAAAUUUCAACUUGGCCAAGGUUACUUGUGUCUCGAGAUGGACGGCCAAGCUAUUACAACGCCCUCGCUCCAAAGGACAUGCGUGACUUUCGGCGUGUCCUGACUUGGAUGCAAUCGGUUUGGCUGCCGAUUGUACCUGAAUUGAGCGCUUCUAAUGCGAAGGAGAUCAUGAGCGGAAAAUAUGUGGUGCUGGGCAUUCUCUCUAGAGACCGACCAGACGAGUUUCUUCAAUCAAAGCGGGAACUGAAGAACGCCGCAUUGGAAUGGAUGGAUAAGCAAACACAAGCUUUCCAACUCGAGAGACAAGAAUUGCGCGAUUCAAAGCAAUUGCGUAUCGAAGAGGCCGAGGACCGCAACGACCAACGUGCCUUACGCCAGGCGAAGAGCCGUGUAAUUAGCAUCACUGAAGAGACUUUCCGAAAACAGGUCGCAUUCGCCUGGGUGGAUGGCGUUUUCUGGGAGAGAUGGCUUCGGUCGACAUACGGCGUGGAUGUCUCCAAAGGUGAGAGGGUGAUCAUUAAUGAUGAGGAUAACCGACGUUACUGGGAUGUAACUGACUCCGGGGCCUAUAUCAUGCCCUCCCGCACCUCUAUCCUCGAAACAUUACCCCGAAUCGUGGCUAGCCCUCCAAAACUCACUCCGAAAUCCACCAUCAGCGCCUUUGAGAACGUUUUCUUCCAGAUCCGAAAUUUUGGCACGUAUCAUCCAUAUCUGUCUUUCGGGUUGUUGAUUAUAAGUGUUGUGAUGUUGUUCUGGGUGUUGAGGAAUGGUGCCACUAUUAAAAGGACGUUGGGUCGGAAUAGCUCGGGCUACUUCCACUUGGAUGGGAAGGAGGGACUUUUGGGAACAACGAAUGGCAAGGCUGAUUGA